AUGAGAAUACCUCUAGAACUGCUGCCGUUGGGCGGCUUUUCGGUAUUCGACCAGUUUUUGCACCAAUUUGACAGUCACACACCCGCAUCUUGCCCUUCCAGCCUGCCGUUGACGUGCUCCAAUCAUUCCGCCAUUGAAGAUACGUGUUGUUUUGAGUAUCCCGGUGGAGUUAUGCUUCAGACUCAGUUCUGGGAUUACAGUCCUCCAAAUGGAAUGAACUCUGGCCACUGGAGUGAUGAGCUAGAAAACCAUUUAGGUCCGAAUACUUCAUUUACAAAUCAUGGAUUAUGGCCAGAUAAUUGUGAUGGUGGAUAUCAGCAGUUUUGUGACAAUUCUCGGCAGAUUGACGAUGUGUACAAUUUGCUAAAGUCCGAGCAAUUCAACCACGAUGGUUUAGAGAUUCAGGGCCAAGACCUCUUGCACAAAAUGUCUAAGCUAUGGAAAAGCAACACUGGAGAUGACGAGUCUUUGUGGAUUCACGAAUUCAACAAGCAUGCCACAUGCAUCAAGACGUUAAGACCACAGUGCUACGCAAGGUGGGAUGGUACCAAGGACAGUUCCUCCGCUGACUACAACAAAAAAGCAGUUUAUGACUAUUAUAGAAUUGCAAUGAAACUUUACGAGAGUUUAGACACCUUCAAGCUUCUUGGUGAUAAAGGAAUUGUUCCGUCUACCACCAAGGGCUACAGCAGGGAUCAAAUAUCCGAAGCGCUAAGCUCUGGAUUUCAAGGUAAAAAAGCUUUCUUUAAGUGCGAUCGCAAUAGGGGGUUGAAUGAAAUUUGGUAUUAUCAUCUGCUGAAAGGCAGCCUUUUGGGCGAAGAUUUCCAACCCAUUGAUGCCAUGGGGGCGCUCACAAACUGCCCUGCAGAGGGAAUAAUGCUGUAUCCUAAGGGCUAUCGACCUGGUCAUGGAGGAAGGCCCGGAAACCCAGGAAAUGGUAACCGCGGCAUUAGGGGUGUCAUUCGCGUUAGUGGAUUCUCCGGUAUCAUAAUCAGAAACGGACAUUGGAUGUCAAACGGAACACCCGCAAAUUUCGAUCUGAUCAAAGCUCCUUUCGGUAAUUACUAUCUCAAAUCGAGAACUGGCUAUUGUGGACCAGAUGAGCGCCACAGCGGUGCUUUGGUUUGUAAUAAGGGAGUCGGAAAUGCUGCUCAAUUCGAGUUCGACGAGUCCAAAGGCUUCUUGGGCCUUAAUGGCGGCUUUGACUGGUACGCUGAUGACUAUCCAAGAGGGCACCAACAGUCACUGAUUUAUGCUGGUCAUUCAGAGAGUUCAAAAUACCCUAUGAAACUGAAAUUUGUUAAAUUACACUGA